AUGUGGUCAGACCCAGCCCACACAGCUGUCCUGGAAAUGAUUUCUUAUGGGUCAUUUGAAUCUAAAGUCACAGCCGAAUCUCAUUUCCCUUCCUUCUACCGUACGGUUCCAGAUGAAGCCCUUCAGUAUGAGGGUUUAAUCCAGCUCCUUCUGCAUUUCAGAUGGAAAUGGGUAGGACUGAUCACCAUAGACGAUGAAGCUGGAGAACGUUUCUCAAGGACUCUGGAGCAAAAGCUUUUGCAGAAUAGAAUCUGUUUAGAGUUCACCGAGAGACUCGACCAGAUUAUGCAUUCCGGUGACUUUUUCCAAAUGGUGGACCAAAUAAUUCUGGGCUUCCAGAAAUUUCUUCAGAAGAUCAAACUUGCUGAUGCAAAUGGAAACGGCUUUAUCAAACAUUUCUGGGAGCAAGCCUUUGAUUGCUAUAUUCCUAAUUCUGACAAAGCAAGAAACAUUGAAGAGGCAUGUACUGGGGAUGAGAGGCUGGAAGAUCUCUCUGCGUUUUAUUUUGAAAUGAGCAUGACUGGCCACAGCUACAGCAUUUACAAUGCGGUUCAUGCUUUGGCACACGCCUUACAUGCUGCUCAGAUAUCUAGGUUGAAGCACAGAGUUCGGAGAGAAGAAACCAAGGAGUCAUUCCAGAAUGUACACCCUUGGCAGGUGCCACCCCUUUCCUUAUGCAAUGACCCUUGUGCACCUGGAUACCGAAAGACAAAGAAGGAAGGGAAAUUUUUUUGCUGCUAUGAUUGUGCUCCAUGUCCAGAAAGAACGAUCUCAGGUCAGAAGGACAUGGAAAACUGUAAGGCUUGCUCCAAGGAUCAUUUUCCAAAUGAAGCUCGGGUGCAAUGUAUUCCUAAGAAACUGAACUUUCUGACUUUUGAAGAAUCUUUGGGCAGUGCUUUCACUGCUUUGGGUCUUUUUUUCUCUCUUACUACAGGUCUUGUCCUGACAAUCUUCAUUAAGCAAAGGGAUACUCCUAUUGUCAAAGCCAACAAUUGUAACCUCACCUAUGUUCUCCUUAUCUCUCUCCUCCUUUGCUUCCUUUGUUCAAUUCUGUUCAUUGGGCAGCCCAAUAAGGCAAUCUGCCUCCUCCGACAAACGACAUUUGGCAUCACCUUCUCUGUUGCUAUCUCUUCUAUAUUAGGCAAAACCAUCACAGUUGUUGUAGCAUUCCUAGCCUCAAAGCCAGGAAGCCUAUUCCACAAAUGGGUGGGGCAAAGGUUGGCCUAUUCUAUCGUCUGCUUCUGUUCCUUCAUUCAACUAGGUAUCUGUAUUGUUUGGCUGGGUACUUCUCCUCCAUUUCCUGAUUUGGACAUGGAGACCCUCCAUGGAGAAAUCAUAGUGGAAUGUCAUGAAGGUUCCAUCACCAUGUUUUACUGCGUCUUGAGCUACAUGGGCCUCUUGGCUCUUCUCAGCUUCACUGUGGCUUUUUUAGCCAGGAAGUUACCAGACAGUUUCAAUGAAGCCAAGUUUAUCACUUUCAGCAUGUUGGUUUUCUGCAGCGUUUGGCUGACCUUUGUCCCCACCUACCUGAGCACCAAAGGAAAGUACAUGGUGGCCGUGGAGAUCUUCUCUAUCCUGUCUUCUGGUGCCGGUUUACUGGGAUGCAUCUUCAUCCCAAAAAUCUAUAUAAUUAUAUGGAGGCCUGAGCUCAACACUAGAGAACAUUUAAUACAUAAGAAAUAG